UUGUGGAGGUCGCUGUUUUAAGUAAAUGAGCUGAUAUUUGCUCUUGUUAAGCGCUGAAAGAGGCGCUCGGCGAGAGCACAUUUCGGUGUGGGCUGGAUUUAACGUCACUGUGAGCCCGGGAGUGGGAAGCGUGUGUCAUUAACAAAGGCUGGAUUUCCUCCUGAAAUUUCUCGCAGUUUGGCGCUUUUAUUUUAACCCUCUUUACAUCGCCAGCUUUGGGUUGUUGGUGUGAGAAUGUGAACGGGACUUUCUCUGAACCGCGAAGGCUCGUAUUUCGACGUUUCUCACUUUCUGUUUCCCUCCCUUUUUUGAAAGUCUAGGACACACCGCUACCAGCAGCAGCAGCGGCGGCACAUAUACAUAUCAGCCGAGAUAAAGAAAGAUGCCGCUUCUGCACAAAAAGCCGUUCGUCAGACAGAGACCUCCUGCUGACCUCCAGCCAGAUGAAGAAGUUUUCCUGUGUAAAGUGACCCACGAGAUAUUCAGAACAUACGAUGAGUUCUUUGAGAGGACAAUCCUUUGUAACAGUUUGGUGUGGAGUUGUGCAGUGACUGGCAAGCCAGGUCUGACCUACCAAGAAGCUUUGGAAAGUGAGAAAAAGGCCAGGCUUAGUCUUCAGAACUUUCCUACUACUUUGAUGCUCCCCCUCCUACAUCUGACUUCUCUCACCCAUCGCGCACGGCUGCAUGAAUUAUGUGAUGACAUCUACACUUUUGUCAAAGAACGAUUCUUUCCCGGGGAAAUAGUGGAUGUUGUGAGUCGCUCGGGUGCAAGAAAUCCAUACAAGAUCUUAGAAGUCAUUCCUCCACAUUCCAACGGAGCAGUUAAUGGCGAUGCCCAACACCACAUGGAGGGAGAUUCCAUAGUCAUCAGUGACAGUGAUGAAGACUUCACAGUCACUUCACCCAAGACCCCUAAAACAACACCCAGUGGCAGGAAGAAGAAGCCCAUCAACCCAUCCAUGUUUAAGUAUAAGGUUCAAGCUUUAAAGUCAGAACACUGUGAGCCUAUACUUGUCAAAGCUGCUCAGAUGUGUCGUAAGAAGAAUGUGUUUUCACGAGACAGACUGAAAUUACUCCUUAAGCAACACUGUGAACCAAUGCACGGGACCAUCCGAGUCAAACCAUCUACAGUUGCGAAAUACAAGAUGUCAGAACUAAGUUUUUCACAGUUCUUCCCAGAUGAAGAACCUGUAUUUGCGUUCAGUCCUCCUGGAAAGGGCAGAGGUCGCCGCUCCCACCUUGCUUCUCCUGGGGAGAUGCGUUAUUCUGACGGGCCAGAUGUGAUGCGAGCUGCAGAAGAAAAAUUAAGGCUGAUGCAGCAAAAAGAAGAAAUGAUGUCAUUGGCACGUGAGAAAUCUAAAUUAAAGCGAGAAAGAGAUGAUUUGUUGGAAGCCAAAAAGAAAGAAAAGGAAGACAGAGACAGAAGAAAAGAAGAACUCAAGAAAAUGGUUGAGGAGGAAAAACAGAAGAGAAGGGAAGAGAAGGAACGCAUGAAGAUGGAGAAAGAGAGGGAACGAGAAAAGCUGAAGGAGGAGAAGAAGAAAUAUGCUGAACGACUAAAGCUGUGGAAUAAACCUCGAGAGGACAUGGAGUGUGAUGAUCUAAAGGAGCUACCAAAGCCGGUGCCAGUGAAGACCCGUCUGCCUCCAGAGCUGUUCGGAGAUGCCCUGAUGGUGCUAGAAUUUCUGAAAGCAUUUGGAGAGCUCUUUGACCUAAAAGAUGAGUUUCCUGAUGGGAUCACACUAGAGGUUCUGGAAGAGGCUCUGAUGGGCUGUGAUCCGGAGGGGCCGUUGUGCGAGCUGCUCUUCUUUUUCCUGUCUGCCAUUUUCCAGGCUCAGGCUGAGGAACAAGAGGAGGUGGCCAAGGAGCAGGUGGCUGAAGCUGACACCAAAGAUCUGAGUGAGGCACUUGACGAUGAUGCUGACCCUACACAGUCUGCCAUAAGUGCUGUAGCUUCACUGGCUGCUGCCUGGCCUCAGCUCCAUCAAGGCUGUAGUCUGAAACAGCUGGAUCUGGACAGUUGUACUCUGUCUGAGAUUCUGAGGCUGCACAUCCUGGCAUCUGGUGCAGAUUGCAGCAACACAAAUGCCAAGUUCCGCUACCAGAAGCAGGGGGGCUUUGCCUCAACAGACGACCCCUGUGUGGAGUUGCGGCUCUCUAACCCUGGACUGCUCAAGAAGCUCUCCUGCACUGCUGUAUAUGAUAUGCUUCCAAGUGAGAAACUGAAAAUCCUGCAUACUUUGUGUGGGAAGCUGCUGACUCUGGUCUCUACCAGAGACUUCAUUGAGGACUGUGCUGAUGAGCAGAGAGCAGCUAAAAUGGAGCUCCGAGAGAUCAAAGCUGAACAGCACCGCAGAGAGAGAGAAGAGGCUGCUAACAGAAUACGUAAGAGAAAAGAGGAGAAGCUGAGAGAGCAGGAACUGAAAAUAAAAGAGAAGCAUGAGAAACUAAAAGAAGAGGAAGCGAGGAAUGGCACCCAUGUAGCCGGAGAGGAGAUGGACACUAGUACUGAGAGCCAGGAGGGUCAUGGUGACCAGCAGACAGAAGAUGAAGCAGAGCCUGUAGAACAAGGCAAAUCUAAGAAAGGUAAAAGCAGCACUUCAAAGCAGAAGCAGGCAAACACAGAAGAAGAGGAAGUAAAGGAUCGACUGAGCCCAGAGGAGCUUCAGCAACAACAGCUGAAGGAGAAGGAACUUCUGGAGCGCAUCCAAAAGGCUGCGUCUUGCACUUACAUCCUUUCACUUGGCCGUGACCGCCUCUAUCGCCGUUACUGGCUGUUCCCUUCUGUUGGAGCACUUUUUGUAGAGGAUGACUUUUUUGGACUGACCGAAGACAUGCUAGAGCCCCGUCCUGCUCCUGAACCCAAAACUGAAGAGCCUUCUUCUGAACAGAGCCCCAUAAAGACUGAAAUCGUUGAAGAGCCGAGUCCCUCCCAGAACAUCUCUCCCCCUGUGAACCGCCCAAAUCAGUGGGCUUUCUACAGCACACCUGCAGAGUUGGAGCUCCUGAUUGAAUCUCUGAACCCACGUGGACAUAGAGAGAGCUCGCUCAAAGAGGCUCUGAUGCAGGAGAAGGAGCGCAUUGUUCAGCUGCUCAGCAAUAGUGUUGCAGAACGCUUCAACCACUCAGAUGCAGUUCUGAGUGAAAUGAAAAACACCACUGUGAAGUCAAAGAGUGGACCCAUUUCCUCUGAAAGCACUGCACCUGCUGAACGCCACAUGGAGAAUCGCCUCAGGGAUCUGCUGCUGGACAUUGAAGACCGCAUUUUUCAGGGAACUUUGGGUUCUGUUAAGACAACAGAUAGAAGUGCCUGGAGAGCAGCACUGGAGAAAGGUAGUGAUGAACUAUUGGGUUCUGAGGUCAAGGAGAACGGAGUACACAGCAGUGAAGAGGAGGCCAUGGAGAUAGACGAGAGCCACAUCCGAGUCAAGGACAGGCUGCAGGAGUUAAGGAGUGAGAACCAGAGUGCAGGCUCCACGAGUGCCAGCACACCCCAGCCUGUGAGCAGCAAUUUGCGCUACCUUGCUCAAGCCUUGGCUCAGAUAGAGCAGGGCAUUGAACGCAGAUUCCUCAAAGCUCCACUCGGUGACGAGGACAACAAAAAAGACCAAAAGUCUAAGAAAAAGGAGAAGAAGAAAGAUGAUGACCAGUCCAGUGAGAAGGAUGAUGGCAGCGACUGUGGGCGCCAGGUGAAGACUGUGCUAGAGCGCUGGAGGGAAUCUCUGCUUGGUUGUUCUAGCCUUUCCCAGCUUUUCCUGCAUUUAUCCACUUUGGAACGAAGUGUGAUUUGGGCCAAGUCCAUCCUGAAUGCCCGCUGCAAGGUGUGCCGCAAGAAGGGAGAUUGUGAGAACAUGCUGUUGUGUGACGGCUGUGACCGAAGCCAUCACAUCUUCUGUGUGCGCCCGAAACUAAAGGCUGUUCCCACUGAAGACUGGUUCUGCCCAGAGUGCCGCCCCAAACAGCGCUCUCACCGCAUAAAUUCUCGCCAGCGGUCCUCCAUCGACUCUGAUGAGGAACUGGAAGAAGAUGAGGAAUCUGAGGAGGAAGAGGAGGAAGCAGAAUCUGAAGAGGAGGAGGAGGAAGAGGAAGAAGAAGAAGAGGAAUCUGAUGAGGAGGAGGAGGAGGAAGAAGAGAAAGAAAGUGUUUCUAAGAAGGCUGCUGUGAAGCUCCCACUGCAGACCACUAAAGGUGGUCGUUCAAGCUCUAAAUCCAAACAAAGUGAAACAACUCAUUCCACAUCUCGCAGUCAGCAGAACACACCCAAACAGACUCUCUCUGCAAGUAAAGGAGGCCCCAAGAGCUCCGGGAAGAAGGCCACCCCAGUAUCCAAUGGCAAACCACCUCCUCGGGCUGGCAGUCGCACCAGUGCCCGUCUUAGCUUGGAGGUGCUAAGCACUAACGGUACUUCAGAAAAAACAAAUCCUCAGCCCAGCCCUCCUGCAACCCAAACGGAGUCCAAGAAAAGACCCAGCUCAGCAGAGGUCUCUCCAAAAGCCAAGUUGGUCUUGGCCCCUAGCAGCUCCUCAUCAAGUCGGCGCAGCUCUGGCAGAAACCUUGGUGUUCAUGAACUGUCGGCAUGUGAACAACUUUCUGUGGACCUAGUCAGGCAUGAGGAUAGCUGGCCCUUCAAGAAACUGGUUUCCAGGACUCAGGUACCUGAUUACUACGAUAUCAUCAAGAAGCCCAUUGCAUUGAGUACAAUCAGGGAAAAGGUCAACAACUGUGAAUACCAGACUGCAUCCGAGUACAUAGCAGAUGUGGAGCUGAUGUUUUCCAACUGCCUUGAGUACAACCCUCGUAACACCAAUGAGGCCAAGGCUGGUCUAAGGCUUCAGGCCUACUUCCACUCUGAACUUGAGAAGCUUGGCCUGGCUGACCGCAUGAGCCCUCCUCAAAAACGGCCCAGGGUGUGAUCUAGCACUUCUUACAUUGUGACUGAUGGACUGCAACAUGGUUGACUGCAACAAUGCACACAGCAGUGGUCAAACACAAAAGAGCCUGUUAAUUGUCUACAAAAAAGGAAACUAAUUAUUGAAUCUAAAAAGCAAACAAAAGUUUUUUUUUUUUGUUAAAGGUCAUUCAGGACAAAUCUGUGCUGUGAAAAAUAUUUGCACUGUUUUUUUUUUUUUUAAAAAGUCCUUUCCAUCCACAUUGACUCAGGACAAAAAAAGCAAUGUUUUUGAAAAUGCUUUCUUAAAGGUGCAUUUGUACUUAAUACCUUGACUGCUUUUCUAGACUACUAUCUGUAUAGUUUUUUUUUUUUUUUACAUUCUUAAAUCUCGGUGGAUAAAUUGUUCAGCUCAAAAUAGCAUUUCUGUUGUGUAGUUGUAAAUAGUCAAAGAUGAACAAACUGAAGUGUUUCAGGUCCCUAUACCUUGAUCAAACACUACAUAGGAACCAAACCUGCUCUUUUUUUCUUAAUUGCUUCUUCCUGUGAGCGACUAGUUAUUUAUUUAAGUUUUGGAUAUAAUUUUCAAAUUGAUAACUUGCUUUAUUUAUGAACAUUUGUUUUGUUUCAUAGGCUGUCUUUCAAUAACUUGUUUGUUUGAGCUUUUUGUAAUGUCCUUCCAGCAUUGGUUUUCAAGCAGAAGAAACCAGAGCAAAUGUCUUUUUCUCUCCUCUUUCAACUACUUUAAUGUAUUUCCCAGCAAUUGUGUACAUUUUCCUAUAUAUAAAUAAACUGACUUUUGUUAAAAUUGUUA